GAAGAUGAGGCUAUAGCUUUAUACCAUCAGAGAUCUGCUGCAGCCUCACAGAAGGCCGUCUGAGCGGCGGGCGCUCGUGCGCGGAGUGACGCGUAACGGCGGCUUCCAUUGGCUGGCGCGCGUGUCAGUCAGGGCGGAUCGGGGGAGGUGGCGGUGGAGGUGAAGUGUUGACAGCGGUUCAGAGGGCAACAACAGCAGCGGCUGCCGCGGAUGUCCGCCUCCGUGCAGGGAGAGGCCGUGAGUCGGGCGUUCAUGGAGAGCUGAACCCGUCCUAACGAUGCUCGUGUCCCCGGUACCGCGGUUCCUGCUCUGCGUGGGCCUCUGGGUCGGAUUGUGUGGAGCUGCACCCCGCAUCAGUCCCGACGAUGCGCCGCCGAUCUCCGCGGCGCCUGGAUCAGACCCCGGAGCCCGGGAGAGCCUGCCUGGUUCCGAUCCCGGGAGCAGGAUCUCCCCGCUAAGCGGACUCGCUUCGAGCCCGGACCCGAAAUCUGCAACAACCAGCAUCGCCGUCCCCGAGGCCGGAGUAAUCCCAGCCCCGAAGGAGCGGAGGACCGGAGCGCGCCGGAGAUCGGCGGAUGCUCCGGCGGCUCUGUUCAGCCCGUUUAAGGCGCUGCAGACCGGAACCGGACUGACCAUGGUCUCCGAGCGCACCGCCAACGACGCCUGGGCUGCGGACAACGGCGGGGCCCCCGUCACCGCGGCGGAGAGCAGACAAGACCGCACGUGUAACUGCAGCAACGGCAGCGAGGGCACCUACGACCCGGAGGACUGCGACCCGAUCACGGGUCAGUGUCCCUGCUUGAGUUUCGAUACUGGGCUGCAGUGCGAGGACUGCGAAGAAGGCUUCUUCACCAACGGCACGAGCGGCUGCCUGGCCUGCAACUGCGACUCCAUCGGGGCUGUGACUCACCUCUGUGACAGCUCAGGGAUGUGCGAGUGUAAAACGGGGGUGUACGGUCCAAAGUGCGACGAUUGCCACCCGGGGUUCUUCCGCUUCAGCAUCACCGGCUGCCAACCCUGUCAGUGCAACAACCACACCAACAACUGCCACCCACAGUCAGGUUGGUGUCUGCUCUGUGAGGGAAACACCCAGGGGCCCAACUGUGAAGACUGCAGGCCCGGUUUCUACCGCCGGCCCGGUGCCGCCCUCAGCGAAGCCUGCUUACCCUGCCCCUGCUCCAACUCCACCUCCAACGGCACCUGUCACAGCGACCCCAGCGGCGCCACAGUGUGUGAUGCCUGCCUCCCCCCCUACAGCGGCCCUCACUGCGACAGGUGCGCUCCUGGCUUUUACAACAAUUCUAGGACGUGUGUCCCGUGUAACUGCAGCGGCAACGCAGACCCCCGGGGCCCAGCCCAGGUCUGCGACCCCGAGACCGGUCGCUGUCUACGCUGCACCAACAACACCACCGGGCCCCACUGCCAAUUCUGUGCCCCCGGAUGGGAGGGGGACGCCCGCACACACAGCUGCACCCGUUCAGUUCUGCGCCUCCUCCCCACCCCAUCAAUCACAGCCGAGGUCCCUACUGCCGGCGCCACCUCCCCCUCCCCUUCCGUCACCCCCACCACGGACAGAGCCGUCCCAGACUCCAGGUCAGGCGCUGACACCAGCACCACCCCCCAGGCCCUGCUGACCAGCCUGAGGAGCCCUGCCGACAACACCACCGCCGCGCUGACCGAGGUGUCCUGGACGCAGUUCAACAUCAUCAUCCUGGCCGUCAUCAUCCUCGUGGUUCUGCUGCUGCUUGGCUUUGUGGGUGGGGUGUACACCUAUCGGGAGUACCAGAACCGCAAGCUCAACGCCCCCUUCUGGACCAUUGAGCUGAAGGAGGACAACAUCAGCUUCAGCAGCUACCACGACAGCAUCCCCAACGCCGACGUGUCCGGCCUGCUGGAGGACGAGGCCGCAGAGGUGGCCCCCAACGGCCAGCUUGCCCUCACCACACAAGGAAACUGCUACAAGGCCUAGCCCCCACUGACGCCCAGAUCAGACAGGUGGAUUCCCCCAGGACCCAGAUCUGCUGGAUCAGAGCUGCUUGGCGGUCCGGCCGAUAUGAUCAAAGAUCAGGAGACAUUCGUCCUCUUCAUGUGAUUUCUGUCAAACUGUGACGAAGGAUCCAAAGAAGCGGGGAGCUGAGCCAGCAGAGGGCGCCGCUGCUCAAAUCAUGGCGGCUCAGACUCCCUGGGGCAUUUGACCUGUUCAGACAUUUGACUUUGAUCAGCUGAUCCUGAGCUGAGACAAUGAUUGUUAUUUAAAUGAAUUUUUAUUCUGUUAUUUAUUUGGUCUCUGCAGAGAUGCUGCACACGGAGCCUGUUUUCUCCCGCGUCUGAUGAAUGAGCCAGUUUGCUUUCUAGUCCAGUUUGUGUGCUGGGGGGAGGGGGUGUUCAGUCGGGCACCUGCUGGCACGAAGGGUCGUGACAUCUCUGCUGCUUCCGGUCACCUGUAGUGCUUACCGCGGCAGGCGGACCUCAGGAAAUCCCAUCCCUGUGAUUAAAGGUUGUGAAAUCUAAUCUGCUCUCCGCUGCCUACCUCAGCACAACAAAGCGCUCUCGUCAAAGCUCAAACGGGUGUGGGGGGGUUAAGUGACUCUCAUGAUGAGACUGUUUUAUCUGCCGAGCGUAAACACUAUUGCAUUGUUGGGGCCAUUGUUAUGGAGACCGCUGAGGCUUGGCGAGAGGGGCAGGAGUCCCGGUCUGGAGUCCAGGGGCGGUUCCAGCUUCCUAUGCGUCAAUUGGACCACUGCUUCCUGGGUGUGCUUCUUCCUUUUCUAGUGUAUGAUUGAAAUCGGCUACCAUGACUCCUCAGGUACUGGCCCCUCCCCCCUGGUGUGACCACUGUAAAUAUUAUUCUGGUUGAUGUACAGGUGAAUGUGAAUAGCACUGUCAUUGUACUGUCAUUGGUUUGACUGUGUGUGCACUGUCACUCAGCAGGCUGCACCCUCAAGAGGGUGGGGCUGCACCCCAGCUUUUUUUUUUGUUUUUGUUCCCAUUCUGCCAGAAUUGCAGCGCAAGAAUUCACAUUCAUAACGACCACAACUCUGAGCUGCACUCUCCAAUAAAACCGAGUUUGACUCUA